AUGCGCCCAAAGCACAUUCAGGAGCUCUUGGGGCAGGAGGAUGCAUUGGGGUCGAUCUUGCGGCAAGCGCUGCAGGAGGACCACUUGCCUUCGCUGAUUCUCUGGGGGCCGCCUGGCUGCGGCAAGACCUCUUUUGCAAGCUGCGUUGCAGCAGCGACGAAGCGCACGUUUCGGUCGUUGUCUGCUGCUAAGGCUGGCGUUGCAGAAUUGCGUGAUGAAUUGAGCAGGGCCGCUGGCACGUCCAAGCUGCGCCAAUUAGGAACCAUUCUGUUUGUGGAUGAGUUUCAUCGAUGGUCAAAGGCCCAGCAGGAUGCCUUGCUUCUAGACUGCGAGAAGGGCACAAUUACAUUAAUAGCUGCCACCACAGAAAAUCCAUCGUUCUCAAUCAACAAUGCCAUUCUUUCACGCUGCCGUUUGGUUGUUUUUGGGAAGCUGUCGUCGGAUGCAGUGGUGCGUGUGAUUGAUCGGGCGAUGCGCGACGACGCCAUUCUGUCGCAAAGCACCAUUACGGAUGAUGCGCGGAAGCUCCUAGCCACUGCUGCGGACGGAGAUGCGCGUGUAGCUCUGAACUCGCUGGAGCUGGCUUCCCGCCUGACAAAAGCUGGCUCACCCAUCGAUUCAGAGUCGGCCCAGGCAGCGAUUCAGAAACGUGCUCUGUACGAUCGGAAUGGUGAUUUCCAUUACGAUCUUAUUAGUGCUCUUCACAAGAGCAUGAGAGGCGGAUGUGCUGAUGCCUCGUUGUACUAUGCCUGUCGUAUGCUGACAGCCGGGGAGGAACCGCGCUACCUCACCCGUCGUCUUAUUAGAUUCGCUUCCGAAGAUGUGGGUUUGGCAGAUCCCUCAGCACUUAACCAGGCGGUGGCUGCAGAUCAGGCGGUUCAUGCUAUAGGGAUGCCAGAAGCCGGGGUGGUGAUUGCGCAGUGUGUGGUGUAUCUGGCCUUGGCGCCAAAAAGCUGUGCUGUUUACCGUGCAUAUGAAGCGGCCAAAGCGUCGUGCGAGAAGGAUCCCCAUGCGCCGGUCCCAUUGCAUAUUCGCAAUGCCCCGACGAAGAUGAUGAAGACAUUGGGCUAUGGCGAUGGAUACCUCUACAACCCUUCGGCAGGCUAUGCAAGAGGCUGUCCUCAAGGAUACCUUCCACCUGAGCUGGGGGAUCGAAAGUUCUUUUCUAAGACCGAUUGCGAAGCCGG